AUGCCCAGCCUGUUUUCCCGCCUCAAGGGCAAAGACGGUGCGACCAAGAAGAAGAAGGGCGCGAACUUCGAUCCUGCCGACCAUCUCCCCGCGAAGCCACGAUGGGACGACGCUUAUACACGAAAGACGGUCGAACCCGAGGAGAUUCAGGACCUGAUCAGACGCUGCACUGAGGAGCUCAAGGCUCGAGCUCUGGACCACCCUUUCCUGCUCCUUCCAUUCCGUCCCACCUCGGACCCUAGUGCUGUCCGUACCUUCAUCCGCCAUUUCUUCGAUGGCAAUCAACCGCUUCGCGGCGAGUUCUUGUCGCAAGAGCUUCGCAUGACCGAACCCAUGGUCAUCGCCGGCGUUGUAAAAUGGUGUUGGAGCAGAUUGCCGGGUGGUGUUGUUGGUUGGGAUGCGUAUGAAUUGUUCAAAGUUGGCGAGCAAGAUUCGAACAUGGCGAGAGACUCGUUCAAGACAUUCAUCCCCCUCAGUGUCGACAACGGCGCCCGAUCAUGUAUCAUUUUCGACUUUUUCGACCUUCUUUCCGCGAUUGCAGCUCAUGGAAAGAUGAACGGUUUGGGUGGCCGCAAGCUCUCUCGUAUGGGUGCAUGGUGGGCGUUUGAGCACAAAGAUACGGGCAGCGGCUUUGAGGGUGGCUAUAAGUCAUGGGCGAGCGCCGCCGAUGCUACGAGCCAUCUGUUCUUCGCAUACCUCAGGUCGCUCGCUCCCCAGAAGCCUUCCCAAGGCAGCAUCUCCAUGUUGCCCAUGUCACUACAGAAGCUCUUGCAGGAAACCGAGUACCCCCCUCAGAAGCCCUCGCUGAUGCAGUCCUCCACCUACAAGGUGGUCAUGAUUGUCGACGCAGUUUCCCCAACGCCUUUCGCCCUUUUGAGGAGGGCAAACCAUUUCCAGUAUCGUGACGAAGAUCGAGCUCUGCGAGAGUUUUCCGAGUACGAGGAUCCCGUCAAGGCCCUUACCGAAGAGUGCCGCCGUGUCUUGAAGGCGAUUUCUUCGGCCAACCAGUCCCAAGUGUCUAGCUCCAAGCACUCCACCAGCUUGCGCGAUGCCUCCUGGUCACGUUUCGAAGACAUUGGCUUUACCAGUGCUCUCGAGGAUGAGGACGAUGACGAGGAAGCGGCCGCCGCCGCUCGCAAGCCGCAGGGCUUGAGGACGACACCGGCAGCUGGAAACGUUGGUCUUGGCCGACCAACCACACCGUCUUGGGCAGACUUCCUGUCAUCGGGCUUUGUUGAUGACAACCCGAACAACCCUAACAUGCUUUUGCCGCCCGAUAAGGUGCUGCCGCCAAUUGAGACAGCUGUCCGCCAACGAAGUUCUCAAUCCCACAACCCUAGACUCGAAUCGGAUCGUCUGGAGCCCGGUGAAUUGGCAAGCAUAGCACGUUUCGACCUGGAUGAAGCGUUCUGGUGGGUCUGGAUGAGCAGUCUUGCUCCUGAGGAGACGCCGGAAAGAAAGUCAGCCUUCGGCCGCUGUGCCGUCAUCGAGACCGCCAUUCGGUCUGGAAGAUGGCUUGUCAUGGAAGAGAUGGUGGCCGGAGCUGCCCCUGAACCUCAAGAAGGCGCCUACAUUGCCGAAAAGAAGGGCUUUUUCAGCUGGACCAGACGUAACAAGGGCGUCAACCGCCGCAAGUCGACUGGAAAGCACGCCUUGGAGAAGGGGAGCAAGAAGGAGGACCCAAAUGUCAGCAAGUCGAGCAUUGGUCCAGAUCAACAAGCUCGCAUCCAGGCAGCUGCCGCACAGCUCCAGGCGCGUCAGCAACAGGAGCAACAACUGAAGCAGCAGCAAAUACUCGCAGCACGCCGAGGACGCAAUGAUGCAUCGGCCAUGGAGAAGACUACUAGCGUGAUGACUCUCCAGCCCGAUAUCAUGAAGCAAGCUUCUCCGGCAAUGAAGUGGGCAAACAAAUACGACAAGGAGGCGAUUCGGGAGGCCUAUCUCGCAAACAACACUGCUGGUCGCGGUAUCGGAGUUUCCACAAUGCAGAGAAAUGGAAGCCACGGCCAAAACGAGUACACGAACGGCCACGCCAAUGGUGACGAGCUUCGCCCUGAAGUUCCGGAAAAGUCACCUUCUUUACAACCUCAGCCUUCGCCAUUGACCAUGAACUCGCCAGGCAUCCCCCGAACACCCUCGCCGCUGCCGUCCCAACACAACGACGAACCGCCCGCGCCCAUCGAGAGGGAUACUGAGACACCGAGUGGCCUCCAGCCCGCCGAACGAUUCGACUCAGGCGGACGAAGCUCGCCGAUGCCCCCGCCGAAGGACUCUUUCGACCUGGGCCGCGAAAAUAUGUUCACGCCGGAACCGGACACCAGCCCCAAGGACAAGAAGCAGAAGAAGCUUCACAAGGAAAAGACUGGCGGUGGCGGCCUGCGAAAGCUGUUUGGUCGUAACAAGAACCGGAACUCCAAGCUCCCUGAGAACGCCGCCGCGGAUGUGAACGGUAUGCUUCAGCGCGAAACAGCAACUCCCGAACCGCCAAGACACGCUCCGUCUCCCGUUCCCCAGCCCACUGCCACUGAGUCCAACCUUCCCACACCAACACCUAUCGAGGCUUACGCCACGCCGAUGGAGGCGCCCCAGCCAGCCCCUGUUGAGACCCAAGCUCACGAGCCGCAGUAUGAGCCGUCGGUUGAUGAAUCGCUCUCUCGCAUCGAUACCGAGGACGCCAACGAGGCUCACACCGAAUUUUCCCGUUUCGAUCAGGGUCCCCUCCAGGAGCAGCCCGCGUUCGUGCCCGACGAUUCCGAUGAUGAUGACGCGGCUCCUCCCCCCAUCGCGAGACACAAGACGCCCGAACCGCCCGCGAAGAUGUCCCCCGUCUCACCCGUGUCCCCGACUGAUGGGUCCCGAAGCCCCCAGGCGCAGGAUCGAUGGGCGCAAAUCCGCAAGAAUGCUGCAGAGCGUGCGGCCCAGCGCCAGAGCGAAGAGCAGAGUCGGGGUGGAUACAGCAAGACCACUGAUGGUGACGACGACACCAGCGGAGAAGAGACAAUCGAGUCUCGCGUCGCACGCAUCAAGGCACGGGUUGCGGAGCUCACGGGCAACAUGGAGAACUCCACCGCCCCGGGCGCCCGCACACCUCCUCCCAUCCGCCGAUAG